GAGAUCAUUAAACUAUCUUUGCCAAUAACACAAAAAAUAUGCCAUCUUCACCACCAAAUGUGUCACAAAAAUGGCCAAAAUAUUCAAUCCUAAUGCAAAAUACCCUUUCAGAGCUAAAAUUGCAAAGAGGAAUAUUACUUCCUUUGAUUGCUAUGAACUUCACAUGGUUUGCAAAAACAGCCAUUACAACUGCAUUUCUUGGUAGGCUUGGAGAUCUUUAUUUAGCUGGAGGUACACUUGGUUUUACAUUUGCAAAUGUAACCGGUUUUUCGGUCUUGAAUGGCCUUUGUGGUGCCAUGGAACCAAUUUGUGGUCAAGCUUUUGGGGCUAAAAAUUAUAAACUUCUUCAUAAGACACUUGUUAUGACCACUUUGUUUUUACUGUUAAUAAGUUUGCCUAUUUCUUUCUUAUGGCUAAAUGUUGAUAAGAUCCUAAUUCACUUUGGCCAACAAGAAGAUAUUUCAAUUGUAGCCAAAAGUUAUCUAAUUUACCUCCUCCCUGAUUUGGUUGUUACCUCUUUUUUAUGCCCUUUAAAGGCUUAUUUAAGUACACAAAAUGUUACAAUACCAAUUAUGUUAAGCUCAAUUUUAGCAGUUGCUUGUCAUGUACCAAUAACUAUGUUGCUAUCAAGAAGUAAAGGGAUAAUAGGAGUUUCAAUGUCAAAUUGGAUAACAAACUUCUUGAUUAUGUUUUUGUUGGCUAUUUAUGUUGUGAUCGCGGAGAAUAGGAAAGGAGGGAAAUGGAAAGAAGGAGGAUGGUUGGAACAAGGAUAUCGCGAUUGGAUCAGAUUGCUUAAGUUAUGUGGACCAUGUUGUCUUACUACAUGUCUUGAAUGGUGGUGUUAUGAAAUUUUGGUUUUGUUAACAGGGCACUUACCAAAUGCUAAACAAGCUAUUGGUGUUAUAGCCAUUGUGUUGAACUUCGAUUAUUUGCUUUUCUCUGUUAUGCUUUCGUUAUCAACUUGUGCAUCCAUUCGUGUGUCUAAUGAGCUUGGUGCAGAUAGUCCUGGCCUUGCUUAUCGUGCAGCCUAUGUAUCGUUAGCUAUGAGCAUUGUCUCGGGUUUUCUUGGUGGCUCUGUUAUGGCAGGGGCAAGGGGUAUUUGGGGGCCAUUGUUUAGCCAUGAUAAAGGGAUAAUAAGUGGUGUUAAGAAGAUUAUGUUGAUAAUGGCAUUGCUUGAAGUUGUUAAUUUCCCUUUAGCAGUCUGUGGAGGUAUCGUUCGAGGAACAGCUAGACCAUGGCUAGGAACAUAUGCAAAUAUAUUUGGAUUUUAUCUCUUGGCAUUGCCAUUAGGUGUGGUUUUGGCUUUCAAGAUUCAUCUUGGUUUGGCUGGAUUGUUGACAGGGUUUGUUGUUGGUGUAGCUUGUUGUUUGGCCUUGUUGUUGGUGUUUAUUGCUAGGAUUGAUUGGGUUCAAGAAGCUAAGAAAGCACAACUACUUUCUUGUAACCUCGAAGAAAUUGCUAAUGAUGAUGAGAGGAAUUAAAACUUCACAAGUUGUUACAGACUACGACUCGUGAGUCGGGACUAUAGUCAUGUUUCGCCUACAAUCA